AUGAUUAAUAAAAUUUAAGAGAGUUACUUUUAGACUUUUUUAGAAGAAGAGCCCUCAAUCUAAAAAGUCAAAUCUAUAUAGAUGUAGGUCAACAAAUAUACAAUUUAAAAGAAAACCAAUCAAUUUGAAUCAGAAAGUCUUGAUAGUAGCAAGAGUGUCUUCAAUUCAGAUUAUGAUCCCAAACCUAUUUUUGAAACACAACCUCGUUACUAUACUACCAAUUCAAUAUACAAGAAAAAUAAGAUGAUUGACAGAUUAUCCAAUGCUUAAAAUGUCAAUUAAAAAUUAGCUCAAAGAAAAAGGAUUCAGUCAUUUCAAUUAGAUGAAGAUGCUUACAGCUUUGAAGAAGAAGAAAGCCUUCCUGAUAAUUUGAUGGACGUCAAUCUCUACUUCAGAUAAGAUGCUAUUGUUUCAGUCCAAAAGAUUCUUUCAACCUAAAGAAAACUAUCAUGA